AUGGAGAGCACGCCUUGGCCGAAGGGUAUUCUUUGGCAUAUCAAAGGAGUCAGCCUCAAGCUUGGCGUACUAUGCGACAUGGUCGAAGGCACUGCCCAUGCGCUGGCAUCUCUCGAUUGCUCAUUUGCCGCAAUAUUCACUGGCAACAAUCCUUCGCUCACAUUUUCCUUCCACAUCACGAUUGAUCCGAGAUUGUUCAAGCGAAUCACGAAGAUUGCCCCUAAUCCUCUGCGAUUGCUUGAAGAGAAGCGGAGGCUAAUUCUAGAGUUUGAUGAGGACAACGACCAUGAGUCUGAGCUGGAGAACAACGAAGAGUUGGUCACUGGGGACACAGACUCUGAACACGGGUCAGAGGGCGAUGAAGAGUCAGAUACCUCCACACAGUAG